UUAUGGUUCAUUUCACUUUUUCACUUUUUCCUUGAAUUACUCCCUACCUUUUCUCUCCGUUGAAGAUGUGACGUCCUCCGUUGUCCCCGCCGCCGUGGCUCGCGUCGCACGAGCUCCCUCUAUAGCCCUCAUCGCGUUUGCUCCCUUCGUUGCCAUCGUCGUAUGAGCUCUCUCCGCCGUGUUCUUGUCUUACGAGCUCCUUCCGCCGCCGCUCUCGUCACUACUUUUUCUCUCCUCACCGGAAGUUUGUCAUCAUCUCUUCUCAUCGCCGUUAGUUUAGGGAAGAAGAAAGAGCGAAAAAGAAUGGGUGAGGAGAAUAAGGUAGUUGGAAAAGGUGAGAAGAAGAAAGAGGAAAGUGUUGGUGCCACUGCUGUUGUUGGUGAUGGAGAGGAGGAAAAGAAUAAGAAGAAGAAGAAGGGUAAGAAGCAGGGGUUAAUUUCUCGAAUUUGGAAUGGGAUAUUCAGAAGAUGUAGUGGAACGGGAUAUUCAGAAGAUGUAGCGAUGAUUUCGAGAAGAGGCUGCA